AUGUCUGGAAUUGCAUUGGCAAGAUUAACAGAAGAGAGAAAGAAUUGGAGAAAGGAUCAUCCUUUUGGAUUUUAUGCUAGACCAAAGAAUAAUGCAGAUGGAUCAGCAAAUUUGUUUAUGUGGGAAUGUGGAAUUCCAGGUGUUACAGGUACAUUGUGGGAAGGUGGUGUAUAUCCUUUGACGAUGGAGUUCUCAGAGGACUACCCAAGCAAACCACCAAAAUGUAGAUUCCCAAAAGAUUUCUUCCACCCAAAUAUAUAUCCAUCAGGUACCGUUUGUUUAAGUAUAGUCAACGAAGAUGGCAAUUGGAAACCUUCGAUUUCAGUUAAACAGAUUCUACUGGGAAUACAAGAACUGCUAAACGAACCAAACCCAAAGAGUCCCGCUCAACAAUUAGCAAUUACAUUAUUUAUACACGAUAUGGAAGAAUACAAAAAGAAAGUUAGAGAACAAACCAAACAAUAUCCUCCACCCAACUAA